UCCGUGCUGGGACUGUUUGGACACGCCCCCUGCCUGAGACGUUCCUGCUGACCAGAAGCACAUGACCAGGCGUGUUUACACCUGCAGUGACAGAAAGACACACAGCGACAGCACGCACUGUGCCUCUGACAGGGGAGACUUUGGCUUUAAACCGACAUAAGAAGCAGUCGUGAGAGGGACUUAUUCAGCCGACGCUCACUGGGAUUUGGCAGCCUCUGUCCAUCUGUACCCAAGAAGGGAAGCCACAUACUCGGCCACAGGCUCCAGGAAGCCAGCCCUCUUGCUGUCCACCAUGGACGACACGGAUGUGGAACAGGUGACCCUGGCUCUUCUAGAUGCGGCCACUGAUAAAGACUCAGAGGUCCAGGAACAGGUCAGGAAGUCGAUGUUGACCCUGGGAAAACAGCAGCCAGACCGAGUGUUAGCCAUGUGUCAGGACUACCUUCUGAAACACCCAAAGUUGGUCGUGAGCCACAGAGUUGUGAUCCUUCAGACUAUUGAGCUGAUUGUGGGCUGCAGGAUAGAGCAGAUCAGUCACCCCAGGAUAAAGAGUAUCAUCUCCUUGGCUUCAGAUGAGAUGACACGAUCAAAGGAGGUCAUCCCCGAUUGGCAGCAGGCAGCCAGUAAUAUUUUGGUUGCGGUGGGUAAUAAGCAUAUCAAUGACAUCAUGGAGGAGAUACUAAGCAAGUUUCAGCCGGGGCUCUUACCUCACUUCUUUGUGGUCCAGACACUAGCCAACCUUUCUGACUCCAAUGUUUAUGGCAUGGUACCCUUCCUCAAUGCUAUUCUGGGCACCAUGUUACCCAUGUUGAGCAUGGCCAAACAGGACAACAUGAAGUGGGUCUUCUCUUCUGCUCUGUGUCACUUCAGCGACAGUAUCUUGGAGUACCUCGCCAACCUGGACAAAGCUCCAGAUCCCACAGUCAGAAAAGACACGUUCUCCAGUGAAAUCUACGCUGCUUUCGACAUCCUCUUUAGUAAUUGGUUACAAAGCAGGGAGUCUAAGUUGAGGCUCACAGUAGCUGAGGCGGUGGGCUCUAUGUGCCAUCUGAUGGCCAGCGAUAAACUGGAGGAGCAGAUUCCUAAACUCCUUCCUGCCAUCCUGUCCCUGUACAAGAAAAACAACGAGCACUAUGUCAUUAGCAAGAGUCUGUGCCAAGUGCUUGAUGCUUCUGUCAGCAUGGGCAGCAGGGUGCUGGAGGCACAACUGGACAGUCUACUCUUUGCACUUCAUCAACAGGUGUCUGCGCCUGUCGACUACAGUAACCCUCCUACUAUCAAGAACCACAACGAGGUCCUGCGCUGCUUCAGCUUACUAGCGAACUCCUUCCCAGACCGGCUGGUCAUGUGUGUUCUUCAGAAGUUGGAGAACAGUAAUGAGCGAAACAGGAUGGGUUCCCUGGCUGUCCUUCGUCACCUCAUCAACUCCAGCACUUCCACAAUGGAGAGUAAGAAGCUGCUGAUUCUGGCCAGCAUCAGACAUCUAAUGGCUGACCACAGCAACAAGGUGAAGAAGCGUGUGGUCCAGGUGAUCAGUGCGAUGGCUCAUCACGGCUACCUGGAGUUAGAGGGAGGGGAGCUACUGGUUCGAUUCAUCGUUCAACACUGCGCCCUACCUGACGCAUAUCGGCGAGGCCAGAAGCCCACAGAUCCAGAGGAGGUGACGAAUGAGGCACUGAGGACGAUGUGUGACAACACUCUUCACCUCCUGACCACCACUGUUGGACAACUAGCUGAUGUGCUGUGGCCAAAGCUGCUGUACUAUCUGACCCCUUCACAGUUCAGCAAUGCCACCACUCCUCUGUGUAAGAGUCUCAUAGUGCUGGGCAACAAGAAAAAAAAUAACCAGGAGCCCAGCUUCAACAUAGACUUUACACUGGAAGUCAAUCUGCCCUCUCCUCAAACACUAAUGGUCAGACUGCUGGUGAAUGCAGCGUUCCCGUUCAGUAGCAGAGGUCAUGGAGCUCCGUCCCUCUCUCUCCUUCAAAUCCUCAGUAUCAACAUCCACCCCAAUACAGAGAUACUCUGGGAGAAAGAGAUACCGCCUCUGCUUUCAAUGCUGGAGGAGUCAACGGCAGAGAGCCUGGAUAAGAAGCACUGGGAUGAAAAGUUGCUGAAGCUCUUGUCUAAAACCCUGGCUACUAUUGAUGAGGACAAGUGGGUGUGUCAGUUGGCAGCUGAGGCAACAAGAUACCUCUCCACGUACAACAACUCCUUAGAGGAGAAGAGUUUCCUGUAUCGUUGUAUAGGAGUGACUCUCAAACAGUGUUUCAAUAAGGAGGUGGUUAAAAAGCAGCUGCAGGAAAUCCUCCUCACAGCACGACACAAUGAUGCCAUCGAAAGAGAGGGAGUUGCAAUGGGCGUCGGUCUGUGUGCCAACAGCCAUUUAGAGGGAACUCUGACCAAGCUGGAAGAGUUUGGCAAGUCAGACGCCUUCAAGAAGUCACCGAGCAUCUUCAACCUUCUCAAAGAGCGUAACGAUGUCGAGGUAGAGAAGGUGAAAAGCACAUUAAUCUUGUGUUAUGGUCAAGUGGCUUUGAACGCACCUCCAGAAAAGAUACUGACCCGCAUUGAUCAAGACAUCCUUCGCUGCAUCAGUAAACACUUCAAUACCAAGGUUCUGGGGAUUAAAGUAGAGACAAAGGACCUGACUAUGAAACUCAGUUUGAUCCAGAGUGUUGGGCUCAUAGGCAAAGCCAUCAGUGAGUGUGUGAAGAAACAAGGCUACGUGUUCUCUCGCAAACAGGAGCUCAUCACCGUCAUGCUGGAUUUCAUCAAGGCAGAGCCAGCGGAUUCAUUGAGGACUCCAGUACGCCAUCUUGUGAUGACCACCUAUGCCAACCUAAUGCCUCUGGACCCUGUGCUCGGUGAGAACGAGAGCUUUGAAUUGCUGAAGGUUUGUGUGAACAGUGUGUUCUCUCUGCCACCUGAGAUGCACACUCCGGAGAAAACUAAAGAAGAGGAGAUACUGGACCCAAAGCAGAGAAAGGCGCUGUACAAAGACACGUUGGCUGCACUGCAGGAGCUGCUGAAAAGUGUUCUGGCGAAGAAUCCCACGCCUGAUGGCCUGCAGAGUGUCUUCAAGCACAUUGAAUCAUGGUUGAGCUCUGAACAGGACCACGAGAGGGAGAGAGCUGUCACAGCUAGUGCUCACAUGCUGGCUUACUACCUGGAUAUCCUGACUGUCAAGAACAUGGUGUCUUUCCACAACCUUGGAGCCCUGCUGGGUCGACUGUCUCCACGAUGUUCUGACCCUCACCCUCCUGUACGCACGGCUGCUAUGGACUGUAUAUACUCACUGCUUUACAUACAGCUACGCUAUGAAGGUUUCUCUCUAGAUCAUAAGGACGAAGGUGUGGACAGUCUGUUGCCGCUAAAAGACCAACUGAAUAACCCUGACCACUCGGUUCUCUAUAAGACCUGCUCAGACCUCACAAAGGUGAUGAGUAAGCGUCUGCCUCAGCAGCAGCUGACCACGCUGGUGUUCAUGUUGUUUGAAGGGCUGGUCGACAGUCAGGCAAACUGCUGCAGAGCCUCAUCUGUCAUCCUGAAUACUCUGCUGAAGAACCGAGGAGGAGGACUACAAGAGCUGGUCCCAGAAAUGCUGGAGUCACUACAUGUGCGUCUGCAGAACAUCACAGAGGAGCAGGUACGUGUGGCAGUGGGACAGACGGUGCUAAUCCUGGCUUCUCAGCAUCUACAGACUGUCAUCAAUACACUAGUUAACCAACCACUUCCUUAUGACAGCUGGACCAGUGAGAUGUGGAUGGCCUUGGGAGCAGACCCAAUCGUAGCCAAUCAGAUCAUAGAGAUGGUGAUUGAGAAGCUUCUCAUCAUGGCGCCUUACGUAGACCAGAGGGAGUCAAUGAUCAGAGGAGGGACAACGAAGGUGGCCACCAAUCAGCCGCUGGCUAUGACAUGUGGUCUCAAAGAACUGUUAUUAAAUGGCCAGAGUCAGGAGCCGGCCGUCAGUCUGUUUCCUCAGCUCUUCUCCUGUCUCACUGUCAGACUGGGAGCAAGUGUCGGGGUCUCAGCACCGAAGGACAACAACACUAAACAUACGGCCGCCAUCCAUGUAGCAGGGGUCGCAGCUGAUGCUCUGCGAAUCUUGUUAGCACGGGCCCAGUUAGAUGAGGUGAUGAAAAGACUGGAUGAAGGUAACGCCUGGGACUCAAUGAAGGAACAGAAUACACACGUUACUGGAGUUACACUACUGGCAAGGGCAAUGGCUAAGCAUGCUGGUCCCAGGUUGCCCGCCAUUGUGGAGUGUCUGUGUCCCUCCUUAAACAAUAUCUACGAAUGCCAGAGAGUGACCGUCACUGCUUUCUUCUCUGAGCUCUUAAACCAUCAUGUGGUGACGGAGUUGAUGUUGAUAGAUGUGUUAAUGAACAACAUGAUGGAGAGGAUAUCAGAUCCCUGUUGCACUGUCCGCAUGUUGGCUGUGCGGGGGCUGGGCAAUAUAGCCAUGGGAUCACCUGAAAAGGUGAAUAAAUAUGCCAAGGAGCUGCUGGCAGCCAUGAGUUCAGGCAUGGAGGAGAAAGACGAUCCAGGGAAGCUGAUCACCCUUGAAGCCAUGUCGGGUCUUUCCAAAGUUCUCCUCUACCUGGACAAGAAGAACGUCCACUUAUUAGUGGUCUAUAUCUUCAUGAAGAUUAAACCAUUCUUGGAAAGUGAGAAUGAUGAGAUCCGCUGUGCUUCCAUCCAUCUGAUGGGGAACCUGUCCAAGUUUGGCUCAGGAGAGCCAGUCUUCAAAGACCAGAUCCACAAUGUUCUGGUCAGCCUGCUGUUACACCUGGUCGACCCAAACCCACAGGUGGUCAAGGCGUGUAAGUUUUCAAUGCGAGUGUGCGCUCCUGUGGUGGGAUCAGAGCAGAUCACAGCCAUGUUUCAGAACCACCUCCACGAAGACAAGAGCUUGCACUACGGAGAGUUCAUCAAUGACCUCACCAAGUACCUGAUUCAGGACUUUCCAGGCAUGCUGAACUUUUAUCACAUCUCAGUCAUCCAGUUCUUCAAGAGCAGCUGGGCUGAGGUCAGAGCAGGAGCAGCCAUGUUUAUAGGGUUUCUGCUGGGGAAUCUUCCAGAGGAGCAUUUUUCCCACCUCAACAUGGGCUCCAUCACUAAAGGUUUAGUGAUGCUGCUCAAAGAUCCAGAUCCUGUGGUGAGAGUGAAGGCUGCUGAGGCCAUGGGACAUUUCCACUGACAAAGACUUACAUAUAACAUGCAUACAAAUGCAGUGUUUCCUUUAGUCCCACAGGGUAGGUUGCUAGUACAUAAAAAAAGAAGAAAAUAAAAGGAAUUUUUAUGAUUUGGCCCGCUUUUUACAAAAAAAACAUUUAGAGUCCACAAUUUUAAAUGUGAAGUCAUUAUAACAGCAUUCAAAUAAGGAAACUGAAACCUUAAUUAAAACCAAAGCAGGAACAAAUAUGGAAACCAUACAAAACCAACACUUACGAUACUUACUUACUUAAAACUUAUCUCCAUAAGCUGCUUUGUUAAGCUUCUUUUCACACUUAAUUAUGGUACUUGAAAGGAAGUGUUAAUAUUUUAGUGACCAAAGACUGUUGCUCUCUACUGAUCCACGUGUUUAUUGUCCGUCAGAGCAACAAUACCAGAUAUACUGUGCUCUAUCAAUGAAAUAUACCAUUUAAACUGUAGUAAAAACUUUUUUUAGAAUAAAUAUAGUUUCUUCAAAUAUUAUGUGAAAAAGAUAACAGUAAGGUGCAUGACAAUGAUUCCUCGUGACUCUUUGUGUGUGUAGUCAUACCAGCAUUUCAUGAUAGUGUUGUGGAUGUUAGUUUUAGUUUCAGACCAUCUCUUUUUGAGAAGAAGUGGGCUUGGUUUUAGUGUCCUAAAAACCCUUCUCUGAUUAACAUGGUAUCCUUUUCACAAAUCAGCUUUCAGCUUUAUCCCCACCCUCCAUGAAAAUCCAAUGAAACAUUUUAGGUCUGUUAAACAUACAGUACCGUGAGAAAAGAAAGUCAGUAAAAGAAAGAAACUGCUAAAGAGUCUGAAUGCAUUACAACUACAGCAGGGCUUUAAUGUGUUUAAGGUUUGUAGUUGUGUGCAAAGGUUUAAUUGAAAGAACCGGAUGGUUGCGGUCUCAUCUCCGUGUCCAGUAGUUCAGAUCAUCCAGCAAUAACCAGUCAGUCACUUCUUUUUACUUUCAUAACCAAUCUCUAACGGCAGGACUCGUGCCUACUUGUUGUGCUUUUGGAGCACAGUAGCUAAACUGGCUUGUUCAGGACAGAGUAAAGACAGUUUAGCUACCUACAGUAAGUUUUUAAACCUCCUUGGACAUAUUGGUGCCAAGCUCACUUCUAAUUCAAAAGCCAUAAAUCCCUGCCACCGCUACAACUCAAUAGGCCACGCUGGACACUUCCUGGUUACAAUCAUUUCUUUGGUCCACCUCAGACGGCCACUUUUAUGAUUCGGUUUUACAUUACAGGUCACAUGAGUGUUCAGUACAGAAGACCUGACAGGAAAGUAAAACAAAAUAUGUGUAUCCAGAAGUUUUUCUGCGUUGCCAUUUUUAGCAACAAGUCUGAAACAGCCAGUUCCAGCCAAUCAAACCAUUACUUCCGAGUGUUGUUAGGCAGAACAGACCAGAGUAGCCAUGCUGAAAAGAGUUGGUGCCAAAUGUUAAUUUAAAACGUAUAUUAAAAUAGACCAUAGAGUUGCUGUAAAUGAUUUUCUCUCUCACUUUGAAUGAUGUUGUUUCCAUGUCAUUCUUCCAUUAAGAGUUUGCACAGUUUUAGGCUACAAGUGUUGGUUUGCAGGGCUCGUAGUAUUAUGUAAAUAUAUGUGUGAGUAUUAUGUAAGGAUGUCUGUACAGGUAACUUUUAUGUCUCCAAAUUAAUUUACUUAAAUGCCAACAAGGAGUGAUGCAAAAUAAUCUAUUAUGCAGCUUCAUUUGAAUUCAUCUGAAAAUGUUUAAUAGAGAUUCAAGUGAAAGCAAUGCAUUGUUCUAGAAACAUAUCCGUCUUAAAUAUUUCUGUUGCACUUUUAAGAUAUCAUGUUGUCCCUGAUUUAAGAACUGAAAGGCAAACAAGGAGUUGAAAGAUCCUAAUUUUAAUUUCCUUCACAAGUCCCAUGUGGAGAACGUUUUUAUGUUUGCCCUUGUUAAAGUUCAUUUUUUUGGUUAUUAAAAGUGUAACAUGAAAGCAAAUGUUUUCCAUAAUGUGACAAGUUUUUGUGGGUACAUUUUUUUUAUUAACUUUAUACCACUGUUAUGAUUUUUUCGUGUCAUCUACUUGUUUUUUUAAACAUGUUGAAUGCUGUUAACAUGUGCUAAUAUGUGCAUGUCACUUUUCAUGUGUUACUGGACCAGAAGAGAGAGAGGGGAUGAAGGCAAUCAAAUGUAUUUAAAAUGAAGAAAUAAACCGAUCAAUCAAAAAUAAAA